UAUUCGUGACAUCGCUAGUGUUGAAAUUAACUAUCCAGUGUUAGAUAAUUUUGAGGUAAGUUUGAUUUUAAAUCCAGUUGUUCCUCCUGAUUUCAAUCAUGACUUCAAACAAUUAAUUUUUCAUUGUUUCAUAUAAUUCAUUCUAGAUCUACAUAUUAAACAUCAAGCUCACAUUUGCGUCAGUUAAACGGCACUUACUGACGAUGCCUCCUACAACAAGUGAUGUAUGGCAACAUUUUGAGAGAGCACAGAAUACAGCUGAGUGCAGAUAUUGCCAUGUGGUAUUAUCAUACCGCGGCGGAUCAACUUCCAAUUUAAAGCGCCAUAUUGAAAGGAAGCAUGUAACGGUACCAAUGAACAGAACAGAAGCAUUGGGUAACAACGUGGAAAAUUCAAACAACAUACCAUCGGCUACAUCUGGAGAAUAUGGUGGCAUACAUCGUUACUUCGCAAGCAGCAGGCCUCUAACCGCCGAGGUGAAGCGUGACUUAGACGAAACGCUGUUAAUAAUGAUUUGUAAGGAAUACUACCCGUACAGCAUAGUCGAAGAUAAGUAUUUUAAACUUUUCGUAAAAAAAUUGUAUCCUGCGUAUGAUUUGCCAAGCAGAAAAUGUUUAACAAACGCGUUAUUACCAACAAUUUAUGAAAAAACUUUGCUUUCCGUAAAAAAUAACCUCAUUCAGGCCAAAGCUGUUUCUCUUACAGCUGAUGGAUGGAGCAAUGUAAACCAAGUUAGUUUUUUUGCAAUUACCGCUCACUAUAUUGACGAGAAUUUUCAAUUAAGAACGUAUUUAUUAGAAUGUUCAGAAUUUACCACAUCACAUACGGCUCAAAACAUAGCAGUUUGGAUUAAAAAAGUAACAGAGAAAUUCAAUAUUCAAAACAAAAUAGUAUGUUUAGUUACAGACAACGCUUCCAACAUGAAGAAAGCCGCUUCAGAAUUAGAAUUGCCUCACUUUUCUUGUUUUGCACAUUCGUUAAAUUUAGUCGUACAAGACGCCAUUGAAAAUAGCAUAAAGAGCACAAUAGAUGAAGUUAGACGAAUUACAACUCAUUUCAAACAUAGCGCUUUAGCAUCACAAAAAUUGCAUGAAAUACAACUAAAUUUAAAAUUACCUGAAUUAAAAUUAAAGCAAGACGUUGCAACCCGGUGGAAUUCCACUUUUGAUAUGUUAGAGCGAUUCCUUAAAAAUAAAAUUCCACUUGUUUCAUGUUUGGCAAGUUUGAAGUUCCAAUCUAGUCUUAGAGACAAUGAUUGGUUGAUGAUGGAACAGGCAAUAUCAGUUCUACAAUUUUUUGAUUUAGCGACGAAGGAGGUAAUGAGCGAACGAAGCGUUUCCCUUUAUAAAGUGGGCAUUAUUAUUAGAACUCUUAGUUUUGAAAUGGCCAGAGCAGUAGAAGAAACAAAUUUAAGAACAGAAGUAGCUAAACUAGUUAGGAUUUUAGAUUCUAAUUUACGAGAAAGAUUUGUUAAUUAUAACAACACAUUAGUAGAUGAAGCUAUAAUCCUUGAUCCAAGGUUUAAGGAAAAACAAUUUUUAGGUGAAAAAUAUGAUGCGACAAUUGCUUCUCUCAAACAGAAGCUAGUACCAGAAAACUCUGUACAAAACGAACCUUUAAGGGCUAAUAAUGAAGAUAAAUUUAAAGGAUUACUGUGGCGUAAAUGGCGCGAGCUAGAAAGUAAUAGGGAAACAACAAUAAGUGAACAAACGACUGCUGUUGUCGAAAUAGAUCGUUAUCUACAAGAAAAGGCAAUGAAUAGCAUGGAUGAUCCGCUCAUCUGGUGGAAAACUAAGCAUAGUUUGUAUCCCCAGCUGUACAAGAUUGUACAAAAAACAUUGUGCAUACCUGCUACAUCAGUGCCUUGUGAGCGCGUAUUUUCUAAAGCAGGAGGAAUUAUAACGGAAAAGCGAAACAAAUUGCUACCUAAAAAACUAAAUGAAAUGCUGUUUAUCAAACAAAAUUUAUAAUUUAAAGCUUAGUACUAUAAACAAUAUAAAAAUGUGAACUAAAACUAACUAUGAACUUUUGUUAUGAGUUACAACUAAUUUUUAAUUGAAGGGAUUUUUCGUAUAAUCAUUACAAAUAAAUCUGUGAAUUAUAAUAAACUAUGAAUGAAUUGUUCCUUUGUUGUCCGCUUGCAUCACACAACUUUUCACCUACUGGCUCGGGUGAGUAAAAGAAACCAAAAAUGAUCAACCAAUUAUACAAAUAUUAUGACAAUCCCCAAUGCGUAUCCUUGAAAGUAAACCCUGCCCAUUUUAUUUCAUUUGUCGGUACGGUAGAAAUAACUAUAUAUUUCAUUUAUUUACUGUAUUUAUUCAUUUGUAAAUUUUAGCACUGAAGAUAACGCAUACCAAUAAUUCGUACGAAGAAAAGCUUACAAUAGAAUGAAACACCAAAAUAUUGAAGGUUCAUCAUUCCAUUUAUAUGACUGAUAUCAGUUUAAAAUCUUAAGAAAGCCCUAAAACCUCGCGGCCAUGGCAGUUGAGACUUUUUCUCAAACUUCUUCAGUCACUCAAAAAGAGUCUCUAAAUCAAAAUACCCUUGGCUCUUUGGGGUUUUUCUCAAAUUUGGUCUCACAAACCAACAUUCAUGCUCAUGGUCAUAUUGCUUUUCUUUUUGUCAACGACGACAAACAGUGUGUGACUAAUGUUAUUUAUUUCAUGUAGUUGUAAUUUUUGUUUAAUAGACUUUCAUGUUCAAUUGAAUAGAAAAUAAUAAUAGUAUUUCUGUUUUAAACGUAUACACACUUGUGUCACACAUUGUUCAAUAAUAGUAUAAUUUAUCUUUACAGUUAUGUGAGUUUGAAUGCUUCAAUAUGAAUGUAUAAUACCAAUGACACACGCAAAGUGUACUUUAAUUUAAAGUGCAUAGUGUACUUUAAAACGGUAAUCUGUCAAUGUGUAAAAAAAAACCCUAUUUAA